AGAUUAUUUCCGACUCUAUUCUAUAGGAAUGCUCUCAAUAACUUCACUGGUCCUGAAUUUUUUAAACGCUUUGUUCAACUGUUAAUUUUUCUUUUUUAAUAAUAAGGAAAUACGCGUAUUGUUUAUAUUGACUGCUUCAGAAUUUUAUUUGAAACUCACUUGGAGUUUCGUAGUGUCUAUUCGUAUAUUUAUCUUCUUAUCACUGUGUAGAAUUUGACAUGCUAAACUAAUUGAUAGAUAUUCAAGAUGAUGCAGUACUGUGAAAAUGGAUCAGCCAUUAAUGUCUAUUGGAGAAAUAAUGGUCUGAACCAUUGCUUUAUUGAUACUGUAACGAACAGUGUUUUAUUUUUCAUCAUUGCUGUUUUUGGGACAAUACAGAUAUGGAUGUACAACCGGUACUCAACUUCAGUAGAGAAGAAGUAUAAACCAUUUAAUUUCGGAUAUGUUACACAAAUUCUUGCUACUUCAGUCUUGAUAUUUGAGUCUAUUCUUCAUAUUGUACUGAUUGACACAGCUGAAGAUGGUCGCACUGUUUAUGGCUAUCAGCUCUUCACUUGUCUAGUGUACCUUUGUGGCUGGACUAUAACAAUGAAACUAGUAUGCUUAGAAAGACACCGUGCCUUGCCCUCGAUACCUACAAGAAGCCAUGGACUUGUUUUGCUUGUCUUUUGGACAUUAACAUAUGUACGAGAGAAUAUUGCUUUUGUAUCUUGGUUUAGUCCAGAAUGGUGGUGGCAUUUAAGGGGUGAAUCUCAAAAGAUUGAAUUUUCAUUAUGGCUACUGCGUUAUCUGUGCACAAUGUCACUGUUUAUCUUGGGUUUUUGUGCACCUGGUGUUCCUCGAGGCACUUACCAUUUACUUCUUCAAGAUGAGGAACAGGGCCAAAAUCAAUCAGAAACUUCUACUUGGAAAAACAUAUCAAAGAAAAUGAAGCUUAUGUUUCCAUUGGUGUGGCCGAAAGGUCAGUUGGUGUUGCAGUUGUUAGUUGUUUUAUGCCUGGGAUUACUUAGCCUUGGACGAGUAGUGAAUAUUUUUGUACCAAUCUAUUACAAAAACAUUGUGAACAGUCUAUCCGAAGAUGCUUCCGGUGGCAAACCACUAACUUUCCGAUGGGAUUUUGUUCUUAUCUACGUCGUUCUCUUUAUGUUACAAGGUGGAGGAUUUGGUUCAACAGGUCUCUUGAACAAUUUGCGGUCUUUAUUAUGGCUUCCUGUUCAGCAGUACACAACAAGAAAAAUACAAAUACAAUUAUUUGCACAUUUACAUUGUCUUUCUCUUAGAUGGCAUUUAAACAGGAAGACGGGUGAAGUCCUACGGGUUAUUGACAGAGGAAAGAACAGCAUCAACCAACUUCUCAGUUACAUCCUCUUCCAGAUCCUUCCCACAAUUAUCGACAUCAUAAUUGCUAUCAUAUUCUUCAUCACUCAGUUCAACUACAUCUUUGGUUUGGUUGUUUUCCUCUGUAUGAUGCUCUAUCUUGCAACAACAAUUCUGAUCACAGAAUGGAGAACCAAGUAUCGGCGCAACAUGAAUCUCAAAGACAAUGAAGCCAACACCAAAGCAGUGGAUUCUUUAAUCAAUUUUGAAACGGUGAAGUAUUAUAAUGCUUCUCAGCUGGAAGUAAACCGAUACCAGGGAGCUAUUGUCGAAUAUCAAAAAGCUGAAUGGUUGUCUACUGCCAGCCUGAACUUGUUAAACACACUGCAAAGUUUCGUCAUUGCAAUAGGUUUACUUGGUGGCUGUAUGUUAUGUGCUUGGGCAGUAGUCCAUGGGUUAAAUGGCCUGAAGCUCACUUCAGGGGAUUAUGUUCUGUUUGGUACUUACAUUAUACAGCUCUUUGCUCCAUUAAAUUGGUUGGGAACUUAUUACAGAAUGAUCCAGCAGUCUUUCAUUGAUAUGGAGAAUAUGUUUGACUUGAUUAAUGAAGAAGAAGAGGUUUCUGAUAUUCCUGGUGCCAAAGAUCUGCAACUGAAAGAAGGCAAAAUUGAGUUUAGAAACGUCCAGUUUCAUUAUGAGAUUGCACGACCCAUUCUGAAAAAUAUUUCUUUUACUGUUUUGCCUGGACAAACAUUUGCUUUGGUUGGUCAGACAGGAAGUGGAAAGAGUACAAUUGUGAGACUUUUGUUUCGGUUCUACGACAUUCAAGGGGGCAGCAUUCAAAUUGAUAAUCAAGACAUUUCUUUGGUUACUCAAAGUUCACUUCGCCAAUAUAUUGGUGUGGUACCCCAAGACACUGUCCUUUUCAAUGAUGACAUCAGAUAUAAUAUUCGUUAUGGUCGUUUCAAGAGUGAUGAAAGAGACAUUCAGGAAGCUGCUGCUGGCGCCGAUAUUCACGAACGGAUUAUGUCAUUUCCAAAUCGUUAUGAUACAGUUGUUGGUGAAAGAGGUUUGAAACUGAGUGGUGGAGAAAAGCAGAGAGUUGCGAUUGCUCGGACAUUGUUAAAGGCUCCAGCUAUCGUCCUUCUGGAUGAAGCAACAUCAGCCCUGGAUACCGAAACUGAAAGAAACAUCCAAGCAUCAUUAUCACGUGUAUGUGAAAACCGCACAACUAUUAUCGUAGCACAUCGCCUUUCCACUGUUAUUCACGCUGACCAAAUUUUAGUUCUUCAUGAAGGCGUAAUUAUAGAACGAGGAACGCAUACUGAGUUGAUCAAAGCUGAAGGUGCUUAUAGCUCAAUGUGGCAACAACAGUUGACAAAUAUGUCAGCAGAGGAAUCUUCAGAGAACAUAUCAGACAAGUAAUUAGGAAUAUUUUCAGUUUUUUUAAAAUUCAGAAUAGAUUUUUUUUCCACAUUUCUGAUGGUUUGUAUGAUAGAGUUAUAUAUAAAUAUGAGUUUGUAUGAUAGAGUUUGUAAUUUUAUUGAGAAAAUGUUUUUGGAUCUCAUAUGUCAGAAUCUAAUAAAAUACCUGAAUAAGUUUUUCCACUUAUUGAUUCCAAA